CUUGGCCGGCGACGUCACCUCGCUACCAUCCUCGGAUCUCAGGAUUUCCGAGAGCGCGGAUGGUCGCCGAGAUUUCCUACGACGUUGGAAGUAAUCACGAGUGGUGUCGGGUGGUGUGUUCGUGAUCGCGUCGAAACGGAGGGGCAGUGUUGUUAGUGAUCGUGGUGUCGUGUCGGGGAUGUCAGUGUGUUGUCGGUGAAGAGUGGUGAGAGAUAUAUCGAGCAGCUACUCGUCCCGGCUCCGCGAGUAAGAAUUAACGACGGGGGUAAGAGUGCUGAAGAGGAAUUAAGGUGGAUAAGCUCGUACACGCGAUAAGAGAAGAAGACGGCACGGAAGAGAGAAGGAGAGCGAGAGAGAGAAAGAGAGAGAGAGAAAGAGAGGGGGGAAGUAAGGGAGAAAACGAGAUACAGCCAGGAUAUAUAUUCGCGAAUUACGUUGAGAGUAGCCGCGAGAAAGUGAGUGAUGUGUUCGAUGGACGAGGCGCGUCUCGCGGGCGGUGGUCGGGGUAAUGAUAACGCGUGUAAUCGCGCGCGCUGCCACUGCUACUUAGGAUCGAAAGUGAGAAAAGGCGGGCAGUCGGUGACCAGGCUGGCGGGCGCCGGGGAAACGUUUCCAAGGGCAUGGCGACCACGCCACUAGGCGGUCGCCUCCCUAACGUAAACCGCAAAGGACCAUCUCCGUGCGUCGGUGGUGGUGGUAGCAGCAGUAACAGUAGUAAUAGUAAUAGCAGCGGCGGUAACGGCAACGCCAAUAACGGUAACAACGGCCUCAACUGCGGGAGCAGCGGAAGCAACAACGGUUUAGGCAGCGGCAACACCGGCAGCGGCGGUCAAUCGAGGAGGCAGGAGAGAGCGCUGGUCGGCAGGGAACACCGCGAUCAUCGUCACCACCAUCAUCACCAUCAUCACCAUCAUCACCACCAUCAUCACCAUCAUCAGGGUCGGGACAAGUCAUCCACGUCGUCGUCGUCGUCGUCGUCGUCGUCAUCGUCAUCGUCCGGCCAGCAGCGUGAGCCUAAUAAAGCAAGCACAGUGGCUGCUAACGCCGGUGAACUGGAUCCGGCCGCGACGAAUGCGACCAAUAACUUCGAGUACGACGACAACGAAUGGGACAUCGGCAUAGGUGACCUGAUAAUCGAUCUUGAUGCGGACAUUGAGAAGACGAGGGACGAGAAAUUGAGCUCGGGGACAGGCAUGGCUUCUACGCCUGCCUCGGCAGCAUCGGCACCGAAUAACGCGAAUCAUCAUCAGUUACAGAACUCAACGAGCGGCCUCAACUCUUCCAAUUCCUCGUCCUCAUCCGUCCCGUCGGCUGGCACGAACGCCGGUAGUCAAUCGUCGUCAUCCACCUCGUCAUCGUCGUCGUUGUCGUCGUCCUCCUCAUCGUCCUCGUCAUCGUCGUCAUCGUCGUCCUCUUGCGGCGUAAACUCGUCGUCGGCGCUCUCCAAUAGUCCCGGGAGCGGCAGCGGCGGCGCGAACGGCGCCGGCAAUACGAACGGCGCCGGUAACGCGAACGGCACCGCAACUGUGGUCACCGGUCCCGGUAACAAACAAGCGUCGGGCGUGAACGUGAGCGGCGUCAACGCCGUCCACGGUAACGCCGGUAAUCCCGGCAAGAUGGCCGUAGAACACUCGGCCACCGUCGACAAGGGCCUCAAGAUGAAGAUCAAGCGUACGAAGCCCGGCACCAAGACAAGCGAGGCCAAACACGAGAUCGUCAAAUCGAACGAGAUCAACGGCACCGCCUCGUCGCAGGACUCCAACAACGGCACCGCCGCCUCCUCGACUUCCUCAUCCUCCGCAGCCGGCUCAACGUCCGCGUCGGCCGCGGUCGCGCAGAACUCACAGAACUCGGAAUGCGGUGGAGCCGGCGGCGGCCAAUCGUCCUCGUCGAAUAAAUCGAAACCGAGUCACUCACCGGCGUCGGCCGGCGGCACCGGUGCCGCGCCUUCGUCCACGGCCGGUUCCAAGCGUGGUUCAAGCGGCCAUCGGCGCGAUAAGGCGCGCGACAAGCACGAGAAGCCACAGAGCAAUCACACACCACAGCAGACCAAACCGGAGAUGAACGGCACCGCGCGACCGGCACCGCAGAGCCAAAAUUCCGCUGGCGGCGCGACCCAGUCUCAGGGGCCGACGCCGGCCGCCACGGCGCCACAACAGACCCAGGGACCACCGCCCAGCUCAAGGACAGGUUUCUCCGUAUCACAGGGCCCCGGGCCGCCUGCGACUAGCGCGGCGGCGCCUUGUCCGCCGCCGAGUCCGGCGAGCGCUACGGCGGCCGGCGCGGCGGCCAAGCCCGAACAGACCAAGGUCGCCGCGGUGCCGGGCCCACCGCUUACGACGCCUGCCGAGGAGGCCAUGGACACUGCCGCGAGUCCUCCGCCUGCGAAGAAAAUAAAGACGGAACCAAAGGACAUGUCCGACGUGUGCGUUGGGACCAGCGUGGGGACCAUUACGGAACCGGAGUGUUUGGGACCUUGCGAGCCCGGCACCUCCGUCACCCUCGAGGGUAUCGUUUGGCACGAGACUGAAGGAGGUGUGUUAGUGGUAAAUGUUACGUGGCGGGGUAAGACGUAUGUCGGGACGUUGCUGGACUGCACGCGUCACGACUGGGCACCACCCCGGUUCUGCGACUCGCCGACUAGCGACCUGGAUGCCCGCACGCCGAAGGGACGCGGCAAACGCGGUCGCGCCGCGGCGAAUUCCACGCCCGGUAAUGACCUUAGCAACUUCACGGAGACGAGGAGUUCCGUGCACAGUAAGCUGCGCAACGGCGGCAAAGGUCGACGAGGCGCGCAAGGUUCGCCAGCGGCCAGCCCCAGCCCAGCGGCAUUCGUGCCACCGCGGCCGGAUCCAGCAGCGAAGCGGAAGUCACGCGGACCGGAGGAGGAGCAGGACAAGAACAAGCGGCGGGCGCCGCCGCCCACGCCGCCGAGCGGCUCGCCGCCAGCUAGUCCGGUAUUACUCGAGUGUCCCGAGCCGAACUGCAGUAAAAAGUACAAACACAUCAAUGGACUCAAGUACCACCAGAGCCACGCGCACGGCUCUGCCGACGAUGACGAUACCAAGGAGGGUAUCACUAGCAUGUCGGAGAACGACGAGAGCAAUAUCGAGGCGCCGAGUCCGGCUACGCCGGUUAAAUCGCCGGCUGACAAGCCCGAGGGUACGCCAGUGAGGGCAGCGAGUCCACCGGCGGCGGGACUGCCGCCGGAAACGCCGCCGCCACCUCCGAGAGUACCGUCGCCCAGCAUAGAACCUGCCACGCCCGUACUUGCGGAUAAAAGUAUCGUUAAGCCGGGCGUGUUAAGGUUCGGCCAAGACGACCUGCCGGCGCCCACUUCCACAGCGCCGUCGUCGAGGCAACAGCAAUCGGUGCAACAGCAGCAGCAGCAGCAGCAGCAGCAGCAGCAGCAACAGCAGCAGCAGCAGCAGCAGCAGCAGCAGCAGCAACAGCAGCAGCAGCAGCAGCAACAGCAACAGCAGCAACAGAGUCAGUCGUCGUUAAGUUCAUCGAAUCCGCCCCAGAGCCCCAGUCCUCAUCCGAGUCAGUCGCCCCGACCCGUGCCUUCGCCGCAUCCGAGCACGAACAUUCCCCAACCUCUCAACAUCCCGCAGCCACCGCAACCGUCACAAAUGCAGCAAUCGCAUCAGCCGCAGAAUUCUCUACUGCAGCAGGCGCAACAGUCGUUACAGCAAGUUGGGCAGCCGUCGCAGCAGCAGCUGCAGCCCGGCAUCGGCGGUCAACAGCAGCAACAACAGCUACAGUCGUCGGUUCAGCAGCAAUUACCUCCGGCGCAUCAGCUGCAAUCAGUGCAGCAUCCCCUGUCGGCUCAACUGGGCCAGCCUGCGCAGGCUCACGUGGUGCAACCAUCCGGAUUGCAGCAGCAACAGCAGCAACAGGCCAGUUUGCAAAGUAUAGCCAGUCAGCAUCCGGGUCUGCAGAAUCUAGCGAGUCAGGUGUCGCAGCAAGCAGCUGCGGGUUGCAAUCUGCAGACAGCGCCGCCGCCGCCGGGUCACCCAGUUCAGGGCGUGCAGUCGCAUCUGCAGCAGUACCCGAGUGCCGUAUCGUUGCACGCCGCCGCGGCGAAGAUGCCGCAAUUCAAGGUGAAGCCUACGGCGGCGCUCAUGCCGGAGCAGGACAAGAGCAAGACGAGCACGGAUGCGCGCGCGCCCAAGCCGCAGGGUUACAAGAAGAAGUCGCGCAAGUCUCCCGGUGGCAGCCCGCAUCCGUCGCCGCUCGAGGCGCCUAUCGUCGACUCGGCGCGCGACGAUGUUCAGAGUCCGGCCUAUUCGGACAUAUCGGACGACGCAGCACCAGUACUUGAGGCUGAGCCAGCCGACAAAUCGAAACAGAGCCAGGAGAAGGACAACAAGGCGACGGCGCCGGCGCAUUUGCCUGCCCACUUCAGUAUGUACCCGUACUAUGGUCAACCGCCUUAUCUGGUGCCCAGCGUCCCGGACACCAAGCCGGUGGUGGAUCAGAAGCCAAGCGAUCUCACGCCCAAGCAGGAGAUGAAACCGCUCAACAUACCACAGAUGCCUUCGAUGGCGAGCUUGCAGAGCGUCGUGUCGGAGAAGGAGAAGAAGGAGUUGAGUCAACCGGUACCGCAGCCGCAACAGCAGCCACAUUAUUAUGGCGGUUACGGCGGUUAUAUGCCGCCCGGUUAUCCUUACCAGCCGCCACAACCAGUCUCGCAGCAACAGCAGCAACAGCAACAGCAGCAGCAGCAGCAGCAGCAGCAGCAGCAACAGAGUCAGCAGUCGCAAGAUCAAGAGCCGCACGAGCAGAAAACCAAGAUCAAGCAGGAGCCGCAGCCGCAGCCGAGCCUGAAGGAUAAGCAGCAUGAGAAUCAUCAGAUACUUAAAGAAAGUAUCGAGAUGAAGAGUCAGAUGAGCCCAUAUCACGUCUAUCACGGCUCGCAGAGUCAAAGAGCUGCACCGCCUCCCCCUCCCGGUCCUGUUCAGGACGACAGGAGAUACUACCUGUAUCCUGGAGAGCAGAGACGGAAAGAGGAAUCGAAUAAGCAGAGCCAACAGGCGAAGGCACCGCCGCCGAGUCCGAAACAUCAGCCGAAGCAGGAAAAACCGCAGGAUCUCGGCAAGAGCGACGAUACCAAGAGCAAACAGGAGGGCGUGAAGCCAACGAUGGAGACUCAAGGACCGCCGCCGCCGCCUACCUCGCAGUACGCUUAUAUCCAUCCCAGUUAUAUGCAGCCGCAGCACUACGGCGCGCUGCCGUUCGACCCGGGUCAUCCGGUGUACCGCGGCCUCAGUCCCAUGUUGGUGCCCGGUCCGUACUCGAGUAAUCCUUACAUUCACCAGCUGCCCAGGUAUCACGCUCCGGAGGAUCUUAGUCGUCCGCCUGGCGGCAAAGCGCUGGACCUGUUGCAGCACCACGCCAAUCAGUAUUACUCGGCGCACAAGAUACACGAGCUUCAGGAGCGCGCGCUCAAGUCACCGACGCCCAAGACAUCAGCGGCGUCCGCCAGCCCUUCUUCGGCAGGUCCUACACCUGCCCGACCUCCUAGUGGCCCGCCCACGUCGGUUGCGGGCCCGGGCCCGCCGCCGGGCCAGGGUCAGCAGCCUUCCGGCAAGCAACAGGGUCAGCCGGGUAGUCAACAGCAGCAGCAGGGCGCGGUGGAUGCCAGCAGCGGCAACCUCGGCAAGGACAACAGGUCGCCGCCGCCACAGCGACAUGUGCAUACACACCAUCACACUCAUGUGGGUUUGGGUUAUCCCAUUUUGACGGGACAGUACCCCGCCCCUUACGGAGCGGCAGUGCUGGCGAGUCAGCAGGCCGCCGCGGUAGCCGCCUCGGUGAUCUCGCCAUUCCCGCCCAAGUGACCCGCGGCCCCCGCCGGGGGCAGCUCCGCUGCACAGGCCCACCACUCACAUCCGGCGGCGGCGAACGGCGCGCCCGGUGCAGGGCAUCCGCACGGCACCGCCGCCGGCGGCGGCAGACAACCGUGAGAGCAGGAGGCACGUAGGAGGACAAGCGAGUAAACGAGCGAGCGAGCGAGCGAGCGAGCAAGCAAGCAAGCGAUGUAGCCGCGACAACUGAGCAGGAUGCCUUUUGAGCUGUGCUUCACGUGCUACGUUAUCAUUAUUAGAACCAAGGUGCAGUUAGUAAAGAGACGACAGCCGGAUUAGGAUGGAGAUGUAGCCGUGCUAAUAGAGGCUAAAGUGUCGUCCGCGCGCUCUGUGACACCGAUCGAAGUUGAGAUUCUGCAAGAGCUAAUUGAGACGUUACGACAACCACGAUAAUGAGGAAGGAACUUGUCCUUCUCUCAACGGACAAAGUACUACAAACUGAAGACUAGAUAGGACUGAAGACUAGCUGGGCCAGAUAUUAAGAUGACAACGACGAUGAUGUAGCCACUGAGGGGGAGAGGGAAGUGGCAGUGUCUACUAUGUGCACAUUAUAAUUCGCUCACUCAAUGGCGCUAAUUGAGACUUUAGGAUGACGAUAUAUGGGGAUGUUCCGUAACGGUGUGUUAUUCCUCUUGAACUGUGAAGCGGAUUCUAGACACGCUAAUUAAGCUUUUAAGACUGUGAAUCUUGACUACGGAUGACAUUAAGAUAUUUAAAUCGAGUUAUCGAAGAGAAGCGCGAGUUUCCAAAAUUAGAUCUCAACGUGGAAAAAUAGUAUGUAUAUCGAAUUUGAAUAAACAAAUGACAAGAGACUGAAUUCGACCCGACGCACAAAUACGAUGUCCAUUUUCGGACAAUGUCAUAGGCGAUCUAUCUCUUGAACUGAUCGUGGUAGAUUCGACGAGACGAUCGUUAGCGAGCGAAGGCAGACGAAGGUGUAUCGAACUAUCGGAUCGAUGCUCGCGCAACGAAAGGACGAGUAUUCUUUUCUCACUUCGGUACCGUGCAUCGCGAUGCCCACAUGUCUGACCCGUGGAUCUACGAUCCUCGCGUGCAGAUAAAACCAGCUUGUUAGGUAUCUUUCUUCGUGUACAUAGUGUAUAAUUUAAAGGACAGUAGUGUACAGGCGCCUUUGGCUAGUGUAAGAAUAAGCGAUUGCGAACUCGAUCCUGGGCCGACGAUCGAAAAUUCUAAGCGAAUAACUUAUCUUGCGAAAUAAGCGUCUUCGAGCUGAAUCGAGCGAAAGUCCGCGCCUAGUUUCGAUGUAGACCGGAUUGGCAUUCAAAAGUUCCGCUAAUUCUUUUACAAUUGAUCGAUGAUUCUGAUUACUUUGAUUUCUCUUUUCAGUCUGACAUUUGAUCCUACAUUGAAUCCUUGCUCAGAUCAGGAUUGUUGAUACAAAAAUCUUGACUAAAAAAAUAGAGAUUCAUAAAUCAGAUCCGAAGAUGGGCUGAAAACGAUCUGGUUUACACCGGAACUAGGCGUGAGACACGCGCCACGAGGUGGUCACGAGGAACAGGCAUUUCGUUAGACUGAAGCACGCGAGGACGGUUGGCGCUUUUAUCGCUUGUUGUAUCCACGGGACUGCUCCGGCAUGAUAAAAAUUGCGGAGCAUGGAUUUAAUGCGUGCCGCGCGGCUCCGCCUUCGACUCUCAGACUCGAGCGUGUGUGUCGAGACAAAGUAGAAUUUUUAUCGAGUAUAGAAACUUAGGAGCGAGCGAGCGAGCGCAUGUAGAUGUGUGAGCGCGCGCGUGUGUAAAAGAGAAAAAAAAAAAUAUAGCGAUCAUGUAGAAUAUAGGCGAGAGAUGAAAGAGUGCGUGCGGCGACUGCCUUGUACAAGUAUAUAAUGUGGGCGUGCGUGCGAAUGUGUGUACGUUUCCGCGAUGUACGGUAAAUCCGUGUCGAUGUAUUUUAUUGUAAAGAAAUAAAACAAGAUUGUAAUAAGAACUUACGUGAGCGCAAACUUCGAUUUUUGUAGAGAAAUUGUAUAAUGCUGAUAACUUAUCUUUUAGGGGAACAGAGAGUUCACGAUUGCGUAUUGAUUGACUCACUGAUUUCAGUGACAUGACCAGAAAGAGAGAGAGAGAGAGAGAGAGAGAGAGAGAGAGAGAGAGAGAGAGAGAGAGAGAGAGAGAGAGAGAAAGAGAGAGAGAGAAAGAGCUCGUCCUUACAUAUGACGUGCACUGUUAAUAAACGACGCGAGUCGAAAGGACAAGAAAAAGGAGAGACGGCACGUAACGCGAUAAUUCUAAAUAAUUAAGUGGCGUUAAGUGACUGUAAAUUCGAUACUAGAAUGCUAUUUGUUUAUUACAAUAAUGGUAGCCAGCGAUGUGUGAAAGUUAGGGGAUAAAAGAGAUGAAAGGCGGAAGAGGGAGCAGGGGCGAGAUUUAGAGGGUAGGUAGGUAAGCAAGAGGAGGUGAGACAAUUACGUACGCAUAUGCAACUACUAUAUAUAUAAAUAUAUAUAUGUAUGUAUAAACCACACGUAAUGUUUGUUUAGUAACGAUUAUUGUCAUCCCUUUUAUAUAUUAUAUAUCACGCGAUUAUUGAGUAUUAAUUAUAUUAUUUUAUUACUAUCGUCAGUGUGACAAAAUAGAAAGAAAGAGAUAUGACGGCGAGAAAUUUUAUUAGGCAGCAUUCGCGAAUGCCAAAUCAAAAGAUGUGGAAACGAUUAUCGAUAAUAUGUUUUAUAGCGUGUAACGAAAAAUAUUUACGAAAAACUGCGGACUGGCAAGGAACGCAAUCUAUCUUGUCGAACGUAGAUGAAAUUGCGAUAGAGACGCGCGCACAUCACGAAGAGGUGUACGUAUGUAUGUUGUGUGUGUGUGUGUGUGUGCGUGUGAGAG